AAAAAUCGCAGAAUUACAAUAAAGAAAUGAUUGUGGAACUAUUAUGAAGAAAAACCAUGCAAUCUGAGAGAAAAAAGUCUGAAGCUGAUAGAGAACAUAAAUUACAACUAGAGCGGGAAAGACUCAGAGAAUAUCGACAAAGGGUAAAGCAAGAUCCAGAGAAAAGUGAGCUACAGAGGAUAAGAAGUAAAGAGCGUUACAUAAAGCAUAAAGAAAAUAAAAGAAUUGAAAAAUUGAAAAAAUUAAAAUUAAAAUUGAAAAAUCAAAAUAGCAAGCUUCAUGAUGAGUUGAAAUUAGAUGAAGUACGUCGCCGGCGAAGACAAUGGAAAAUUAAUGCUAAAAAGUACAGGGAGAGAAAGAAAAAGCUCAAAGAAUCUUCUGUGACUGAAGAAGAUUCUCUGCCCAUUAAGGAAGAGGAAAAACUCCAUGGAAAUAGAAAUUUGAGAAUUAGCAAGGAUGUUGAUCAAGCUGUAAAAAUAAAAACGGAGACUAUCAUCAAAGAAGAGCUAAACUUAGAAUCAUAUUCUUCAGAAGAUAAUAUUUUAGAUACCGAAGUAGUCAAAAGAACUUCGGAAUCAAAUCCGGAUUUUACAGAAAAAACGAAUAAUGCCGGAAAAAAGGCUCCUACACAAAAGAUGAGAAAAGCCUGUCUUUCUGAGAAGUGUACACUAGCCUGCAGCCAAAGACUCCCCCAGGAGAAGAGAGUCGAAAUUUUUCAUAAUUUCUGGAAAUUACCGACUCACACGGAAAAAUGGGAAUAUAUCUCUCGGAAUGUGAAAUUGAUCAAAGCGAAGACGAGAACGCCACGAUCAAAAAGGAAUCAUACGAGAUGCUACAGCUUUGAUGUCGAUUCUAGACCGACUCGGGUCUGCAAAAUUAUGUUUGAAGCGACAUUAGGAGUCAGUUCUAUGUGGAUUAAUAAGGCUCUUUGUAAAUAUGAAAAAAAGGAGCCGCCAAAAGGAAAAAUGAAAAAAAUGUGUGAGGUUGAAAAGUGCAAGUUGAGCUGUGGUAAAAGAUUGAUCAGCGAGGAAGAUGGGAAGGCAAUUUUUCGGGAUUUCUGGCAACUUUUGGAUUCUAAUCAAAGAUCGGAAUACAUUGAUCGAAAUAUUGAAUUGUCGAUUGCUAAUAAUGAAGCUGGAGAGAUGUAUAAAACUGUAUAUUUUACGAGAAGAUAUUUUUUUGAAUUCCAAGGCAAAAGAAUAAGAGUUUGCAAAAAAACUUUUUCGGCAACAUUGGGAAUCACGGAUCAGACUGUUGCGAAUGUUGUGAGAAAUCUGCAUGAAAUUCCGUCGGAUGAAGUUGAUCAGAGAGGAAAUUUUGUGAAAAAAAACUGUGAUCUUAAAGGAAAAGUGUCUAAAUUUUUGUUUGUUGAUACGGAUGCUCUUGGCGAUACAGAAGAAGUGUAAGAAAUAUAAACAGAUAGUUGGUAACGAGUAGAAAGGAGGAGGUUCCGUUUACAUUACGAACAGCCGGAACUCAAGCAUCACUAUCAAUCAUGAUGUUUGAACUAAAGUCGAGGAACAAGGCCAAUUUUCGAAGAAACUGUGGAUCAAGGGUUAAUUGACACUGAAUAUUUUCUUCAAACUACACUUAGUAUCCGAUAAACAGACUUCACAUCCCAAAAUGCACUCAGAAACCAGAACCGUUUCCAAUUUAAAUGCACAAUAUUGCGCAAUAUUCUCGACUGAGUACUCGCGCACUGCGCUUCUUACGAGGCGACAGUCGCAGCCGCUCUCGCCCUGCCUCCUGAGGAACUGCGGGGGCCAGCAGUUCCAGGAAUUGACAAACCGGAUACGAUUCUGUGUAAAGAAAUACAUUAUUUUAAAUAAAAUUAGUCAAAUUAGGUGCCACACGCAUACAAUAAAGGGUUUCGCAGCCU